CUCUGGGAGAUUUAUAAAAUGGUUAAAUUACACGACAGCUACAAAAGGCUUUUGCAAAUAUAUACAUUGUCCUCAAACAUUAUAGGCACACCAUUUUUGGCUAGCAGAUUUGUUCCUACACAUCAAAAUAGACAUGAAAUCCGCUUCAAGACUUCAGGUGCUGGUGACCGAGCUCUACAGGAGAGACAGAGGCAGCACAUGGCACGAGGUUUGCCAAAACAGAAGCCCAUAGCUGGAGUCAAAGAGGUCAUUGUUGUUGCAUCAGGGAAAGGAGGGGUGGGAAAGUCCACAACAGCAGUGAAUCUUGCUCUUGGACUUAUGGCUAACGAUCAGAGUAAAUCGGUGGGUCUUCUAGAUGCUGAUGUCUAUGGCCCCUCCAUUCCAAAAUUAAUGAACCUAAAAGGAAACCCUGAAUUAACAGACAAGAACUUAAUGAGGCCACUUGUGAAUUUUAGAAUUCCUUGUAUGUCAAUGGGCUUUCUGGUUGAAGAGGUUGCACCUAUUGUGUGGAGGGGUCUGAUGGUGAUGUCAGCUAUUGAGAAACUCAUUAGACAGGUAGAUUGGGAUCUGGAUUACCUUGUGAUUGAUAUGCCACCUGGAACUGGAGAUGUCCAACUGUCUAUUACUCAGAAUAUUCCUAUAGCAGGUGCUGUAAUCGUGUCUACGCCUCAAGACAUUGCCUUGCUAGAUGCACGAAGAGGCGCCGAGAUGUUCAGAAAGGUCAACGUUCCGGUGCUGGGUCUGGUUCAGAACAUGAGUGUUUUCCAGUGUCCCAAGUGCAAUCAUCAGACACACAUUUUUGGCUCAGAUGGGGCUAAAGAGUUGGCUCAGACCCUUGGUGUAGAGUUGCUUGGAGACAUUCCUCUUCAUCUCAACAUAAGAGAAACAUCAGACAAGGGACAGCCUGUGGUUGUGUCAUUCCCAGAAAGUCCAGAAGCCGAGGCUUACAGAAGAGUUGCAGCAGCAGUAGUACACCGACUCGCGGUGCAGCCGAGAUGAAUGAUGUCCACAUUUAAUGUAGUUUUGCUGAGCAGAAGAAAAUAUCAGCAUUGAAUCAUUGUCUCCUACACUUGCCUAUUAGAAUACUAUCAUUUAUGUUCUUUAUUUAUGCACUGACAUACAGUUCAUGUUAUUCAGAGAUUAAAAUAACAAAUAUAAAUAAAUCAUUUUGGCAUUAUAAUGAAAAUAAGAACUCACUGCAAUUAUGAUCAUAUUAUAAGUGCCCUAAUGUAAUUUCCAUGUACAAAUCUCAGAUGUGGAUCUUUUCCCGCCAGAAUAGACCGAUAAGAUGUUUACCUAGAAGGAAAUGGGUCAAAGGGCAGGUUUUGGACAGCUUCAGUCAAUGUCAUUGCAAAGUGUCAUUCCACAUACAUAAAGAUGUUCAUUACAGAUCUUGACCACUUGAUGGCAGUGCAUAUGUUUUCAUACAUCUGAUUGUGCUUUGUUUGAUUUAUAGUGAUGGCUAAAUUAGGUCUUUCACCUAAACUAUGACAAAUUUUCCUCUUUUGACAGUAACGUGAUUGGACUCUUCUGUUACUUAACUACAUUUAAUAAAGAUAAACGGUCCUGGUCCAAUAGGAAAAGUGGGAUGAAGUUUUCACGGGGAUGAGAAAAACAGGGUCACUUCCUGCAUAUUUUCACAGCUCCCUUGACUCAGCUGAAACAGCCGUAUUCAGUCCACCCCUGUGUAACACUGGCCAGACAGACCAGUCUGUGAUUCAUCACCGCGAUGAAGCUAUUUUGCUUUCUUUUAGUCUCAAUUGCUUAACUGUUCCCAGAAGACCGACCCCGGGGUUUCAGCUGUACAAUGACCUCAGCUGAAUUUGGACAGUUUCACAUUUGGUGUUAUUUAUUUUCUCUUUGUUUUCACGAUAAAGAAAGCGUUAUCCUGAUAACGUGCCUUGACUGAUGUCAUUGAGCGCAGUGCUGUGACUCACACUCCCAUGAGUGUGUCAUUGAGGUGUAAACAGCAAAUAAACAUCCAUUCAUAUACUGAGAUGUAGAAUUCACCAAAAUUCUGCCUGGGAUUUUUGUCCCAGAGGGAAUUUCACAACGAAUGGGAGAAGACCAUUCAUAAAUCUGAUCCUAGAUCAGAUGACCUUCACUCAUGAAACCUUAUCUGCUUGUGAGACACUGCAUAACAUGAACAUAUUCAGAUUACUUAACAAGCAACAUGAUUGAGCAUGCUUCAGGUAAUUCCCAGCUGGCAAUAAACAGAUUUCUAAAACAGUGUCCUUGUGGCGUUCUCAGUGGCAUUAUAAAUGCAGACUUUGCUCCAUGUGGUAAAUGUGGCUUAUAGCUUCCACUUCCUAAGGCUAUGGAAAAAAAUCAAUAAUUAAAUGGGGUAGCUGUGCAGCCCAAGAGGACAGAGGGCAGUCUUAUUUCUGUGUCAUCUUUGAUUCAUGAGCAGAUACUGUUAAUAAGAUAAGCUGAGGUGCAAACAAAAGGCAUUUAAGGAGAAAUCGUUAUCUGUAAAAUUAAUAUUGCUCAAGAAUGGUCUCUUCACUGUAAAUCAUUCUAGUCUCUGUAAAACGGCACAGUUUUUCAACCAGAUCCUGAUCAAAUUUUCAUUAUUAUUAUUGCAAAUGGCAUGAUUAUUUAACUAUAUGUGGUAAUCUCUGCAUCCUUAUUUAGUACAUGAUGAAGUCUUCAUGGCUUAAGUAUUGGCUUUAUGCCUGUAAAUUGGCUGAAGUGGUGAUCUGCGCAUGUAUAAUAGAAGAUACAUAUAUAUAUAAUUGAUUAAAAUUAUGUAAGGUACGUGCCUUCUGGGGCCGAGGUUUUUAUCAGCAGCUAAAGCAUACUGUUGGCAUGUAUAAUAAAUCUUCAUUAAUGCUAUAUCUUGAGACCUGAUUCUGAGAAACAUCGGAACACUUUCAGAAAAUUUUUUGCAAAAAUUAGACCUUUAGGGGCAUCACAGCUUGUCACUGUGGCAGUGCCUUAACUUUGUUUCUUAUUUACCAUUAAAAGGUUCAUAGUAUACCUUAAGGGUACAUAUUACCAGGGUUAGUGUAGUUAAUUAAAAUUAUAACUAAAAUUAAAACCAUAAAGCAAAUAAACCUGACUGAAAUUUUAAAAGUGUUUAUUAAAG